CUGCAAUAUAGAGUCCGUACCCUCACCGGCAAGGAGAUCGAACUCGACAUCGAGCCCGACUACAAGGUCUCCCGCAUAAAAGAACGCGUCGAAGAGAAAGAGGGCAUCCCCCCGGUCCAGCAGCGACUGAUUUUCGGUGGCAAGCAGAUGGCCGACGACAAGACCGCCGCAGAAUACAACCUCGAAGGUGGCGCCACACUACACCUGGUCCUUGCGCUUCGUGGUGGUCUCUGA